AUGGGGGAUGGUGAUGAAAAUAAAGAAUGUGCCGUGAAGCAGUUAUGGACCAAGAGAAAAACCACUACCCAUCGUGGACGAACUUUGAGUCCUAAAGAUCUCGAAAGAAAGCUAGAGACUCGCAAAAAAUUAUGCAGCCUACGUAAAAUUCUCAAGGAAAAUUCUUCAGGUUGUGAUAUUAAAUGGAGCCUUUUUGUUUCGGCAUGUAACAGUUACUUUUAUGAGGAAUCAGUAAAUCCUUUUCCUCCCGAAUAUGUUAGACGGCACACUGGUAAAGACAUCGAAGCAUUGUUACGAGUUAUAGGAGACACACCAUCUUUUUCGUUAAUUUUAGAGCAGAAAGGUGAUCGUUACAUAUGUCCUUUAAAAAGAUCGGUAAUAGACUUGUUACAUUGGUUGUUAGUUGAAACCAGUGAACCGAUAAUAAAACUAACUGAUUACGACGAAGCUGAGUCAGUAAUUGGCUUUAUUUCUAGUCAAUUAGCAAUACCAAAACCAAAUUUAAUUUUUCGAGUGCAGUACUCACAAAAUAGUGAAGAAGAGAAACGCUGGAAGUUAAUCGCUAAACGAACCCAAGCAGUACAUUUAUGCUACGGUAACAAACUAGAAUACUUUUACACGGUACUUCACAAAGGUAUGAAAUUAGUAGUCAAUGAAUCAAGAUCUACUGAUUCUGGAGUAUAUCUUUCUAACGACAUUUGCGACGCCAUAGGCAAAAGUCCAACGGGAUUCGGUUGGGGUGGCAGCGCCUUUGGUGCUCGAUUAUGUUGCGUGGCCGUGUGCGAAUUAGCCGAUCACGACCAAUUCAUGUGCUGUAUAAAAUAUCCCGAAAAUAAAGUAACCAAAGUUCCAUCUCAGAUAAUAAAGCAUUACAACGUACAUAGACCAGAUCUAGCACGAAUUAGGUACCUUUUGAUAUAUCGCACCAACGAUAAUAAUGAGGAAGAUCAUGACGCUCAAUCUAAGAAGGGUAUGCUGAAUUGGAUGAAAAAUCAUAAGUUUGCAACGCUAAUGGUGUGUUAUAGUAUAUUAUUAGUGAGCACAGCUAUAACUGAUCUUUACUUUUUGUAA